AAAAAUAAAAAUAAUAAAAAAUAUAAAAAUGGAAAAGGAAAAUAAAUAUAAACCGAAUGCCGAAAAACCAACCAAGCCCCUCCAACAGCAUCAACUAAAAGAUGUACGUUUUGGGAGGAAUGAGUUGCAAUUUCAGGGGACCUUCCUGAGUUCUGUGAAUGUGCGAUAUACGGCCUCCAUAUACGUUGCUCAGAAUGUAGCCAACUAGCAGUAGACCCCUAGAUGAAUCGCGACUUUUUAGUUAUGUUUCUAUCAGAAAAGCUACCUUUAGAGGGUAUUUCGUUCGAAUUUAACAAAAAAAAAUUUAGUAAACUUUGACAUUUUACUCAAAGGCAUACUUGAUGGUUUCCAUUUCAAGUGGGUAGCAAUGAAGACGGUACAGUGAUCUGUGUAUGGCCUGUAUGGCCCCAUCUGGGCCUGGAAGUCAGUCGAGCCAUUCGUCUCUGUGAGGACUGAAUGUAUUGAAGGGGGUAUCUGUGUACUCUGUGUUCAAUUGCUCCGGUCACCACGCAGUAACUCCGUAGUGUAGUAUUGGCCUAACUAUUGCUAGAUGCAUCCAUUGGACUAUACUUGGGUUGGUGCCCCUUUUUACAAAAAUGGAUUUUGUACAUGUAUAGAGCGCUGUCGUGGCCUUCGUCACUUUAUUUUUGACGUUCAGGUUUAUGUUUAAUGUUUAGAGUUCAACUAUGGACAGUUAAACUGUGUAAAAAUAAGAAGGUAGAAAUCAUAAAAUUAAAUAAAAUAAUUAUUCAUUAAAGAUUUUACUUUGGAAGCACAAGUAUCAAAGGAAAAAAAGAUAAACAAAUUUAUUGUAGUCGCGGCAAAGGCUACGACAAGAUUCAUGGUCAGAGUAGUUCGAAGGACAGGACGACGCAGAGGAUAGUAAUGCCUAGUUGGGCGGGAUGGGACAGCAAUAUUGAUAAGGCUAAUGAGGGCCGAGGAUUCAACGUCGCCUAGGAGAAGUUUGUGGAGAAACAGAAUUCCAUGGAAACUCCUACGACUUUCAGGAGAGUGCAAGUUCAUGAGACGCAGCCGACUCUCAUAAGAAGGAAGAUGACGAGAGGGGUCCCAAUUAAGUCCGCGCAGGGCAAAGAUAAGGAAUUGUUUUUGAACGGACUCGAGCAUAUCUUGAUAUUUUUGGUAAUGGGGAGACCAGAUACAGGAACCAUAUUCCAAGAUAGGUGUAGAAUAGUUUAGUGGUUAGGGGUCAGAAAAUUCCUUCGACCAUCUUUUGAUAAAGACAAGGACUCCUUUGGCUUUAUUCGAAAUAGCGGAUAUAUGAGAACUAAAACAUAAGUUAUGUACGAAAAUAAUGCCUAAGUCAUUAACUUUGUAUAGGCGUUCCAAGGAAAUUUUAUGAAUUGUGAAGUUAAAAAGGUAAGACUUGUUGCGAUGGAGGGUCAUGGCGUUAAAUUUGGAAAUGUUAAGAGGAAGAGCGCUAAUAAUGUACCAAUUUUUGAGAGCGUCGAGAUCUGAUUGAAGAAAUAACGAGGUUACCAGAUCGCUGUAGGAAAAACAUAGCUUGACAUCAUCAGCAUACAUUAGGACUCGUGAAUUAGUUAAAACUUGGGGAAGAUCAUUGAUAAGGAGGUUAAAUAUUUCCAAUUCAACUUUUUGCCAAUUACCAACCAUAAGUAAAUGCCACUGUUGCUGAAGGA